UUUCUUUGUGUCCACAAAACACUGUAAAUUCUCCGUUUACAUUGAUUAAAGCCACGAGAUGGAACCUCAGUUAACGCAUUAAUGUACCAUUGAAUUAAUGGCUGGUUCCUAUUUUUUCCAGAAAAGGUGAUAUGAAAAUGGAGGUUGUUUGGCUGAAAACGUUUCUUCUAUUGGUAGCAUUGUUCUCUUGUACAGACGCAAAGCCAGCUUGCUCACCAGAAGCCGAGCAAUGUGAGUUUUGGUUGGAAGUAGAAGAGGCACUUACGAUGUUGAAAGGCAAGACCCUAGUCUGGCCGUAUAAAGGGGAGUUUUAUCCUUACGAUGUAACUGACCCCGAGAACAGCGAGCCUGUCUCCCCAGAGGGCAUUAUACAGGCAGAUGGCUUUUGGCAAAGAAACAGGAUAGUGAUGGUGGUGAACGGUUCACUCCCGGGGCCAGCAAUCGAAGUCUACGAGAAUCAAAAUAUUGUCGUUCAUGUCCACAACAAGCUUAAGAGCCACGGUCUUACCAUACAUUGGCACGGGCUGCACCAAAAAGGGACCCCUUUCAUGGAUGGCGUUGCCUACAUCACACAAUGCCCGAUAGGCCCAGGGCAUACGUUUACCUAUAAAUUCAAUGUAGGCAAUAAAGGGACAUAUUGGUAUCACUCCCACAUCGGGGUGCAACGUACAAACGGUUUAUAUGGAGCAUUUAUCAUACACGAGCGUCCAAAGGAAAAUCAAGCACCAACUGAAGAAUUCACGAUGGCAAUUUCAGAUUGGAACCACGACUUUGACUCAGAUACUGGUCACCUUAAGAUGGUUUACGGUUUGUAUCAUGGUAGGUCAAAAUUUAAAAAUACGAAAUCUCUUGAUGGCGCCUUCUUCAGCACGUUUCAGUUCCACGCUGGUCUUGUGAACGGCAAGGGCAGAUGGUACGACCCAGCAACAAAUGAACACAAUGGAGCACCUUUGGAAGUAUUCAACGUUACCCCUGGUACAAAAUACAAGUUUAGAGUGAUCGCUGCAGGUUCGCUUUACCCUUUUAGAGUAUCAGUCGAUGCUCAUAUGUUGACAAUUAUUGCUUCGGAUGGAUAUGACGUAAAACCAGUUGUGGCCGAGUCGUUCAUUAUCAACCCAGGGGAGAGGUUUGAUUUUGAGAUUACCACGGAUGCGACUGUUUGA